AUGCCGGUUGAGAAACUAGAUUUCUCGGGGAUCUAUAGCAUCAACUGCGACAACCGUGAGCAGAAGAAUGUUGGUGAAACGGGAAGAAAAAUCAGUCUACCAAUCAAGGAACAUCGAGGACUUCGUAAAAGCAAAGACAUUGAAAGGUCUGAAAUAGCGGAAAAAAUCGCACGGACAGGACACGAAAGUGAGUGCAAAUCGACAGAAGGGCUGGCUGGAUAUGGUGAAGAUACAAGAAAACGCAAGAAACGGUGA